CUCAUGGAUGAAAAUUGAAAUGCAAACAAAUUGUAAUGUAAACGGCUUUUUCUACUUACAAAAUUAUUGGUAGAGUGCAGUUUAUACUCGUUGUACGAAAGUAAUUUUAUAGCAAUGAAUACAUCAAGUAGUUUGGGAAUUUCUCCGGCAAGCUCUGAUCCUCAAAAGCGCAUCAAAACCUUUGCACUACCAGGGCAAUGCUUCCAAAAAGGCGCAGCACUGUCUUGGCGACGCGGAAAUCAGUUCGCUAUUUACCCCCGAAGCCAAAACGUAAACAAAUCUACCGAUGAAACGAUUUCUAAAACACAGGAUACCAUCUUAAAUAUUCGUCAAGAAAUAUUGCUAUUCAAUCCGGUGAUGCGCAAACUCGUCAACGAGGCCAACGGGACAUUCCUAGCGCUGCAGAAGCUCGCCGAAACGAGCAAAAACACAGACAACCAGCUGGAGUUUCUCAAGCUAUCUCGUCAGUAUCGUUCGAUCAUUCGCGUCUGCGUAGAGAGUCUCCAGGAAGCAGCCGAGAAGGAACAAGAUGGAGUGGAAAAGAAUACUCUUCACUCGUACAUCACUAUAUUCUAUUCGGUAGAAUGCAUCUGGCAUUUAUGUGAAAUUCUAUUCAUUGAUGUGAUUCCUGGUGAUGUGGUGCUACCGUUUCUGUUGGAGUGGGUACGGUUCCAUUUCCCCUGCCACGAACAAGCAGCCUCCCAGAUGUUGGAAGCGUGUGAAAGGGGCUCGGAAGUGAAUGCUGAAUAUUGGGACACAGUAACUGGUAUGCUGAUACAAGGCAGGAUUGAUGUGGUGAGGGCGCUGCUGAAACUGCACUCGCUGGCUGAUAGCAACGAGUUCAAACUUGUUGACAACUCAUUGAGAACGAUGCCAGUAUAUAGUGUGUAUGGAGGUGUGUCUGCAGGAGAAUUCACAAUAUCGUGGAAGCACUGGCAGGCGGAGUGCCGGGCCAAGCUCAGCAGCCGCGUGCUGGCCAACCAGCCACAGCUGGAACUUCUUAUGAGGCUAAUGUGCGGCGAGUACGGCGCGUUCGAGUCAAUCCGUCCGCGAUACGGUUCGUGGUUCGACGUUGUCGGCGGCUACGUGAUGUUCACGUCGCCGUGGGCGCGCCGCCGCGAGCUCGGCGCCGCCGCCGCCGCGUGCGCCGGCCUGGCGACCACGCGCGUGUCGCACCUCGACGUGAUGGUGCGCGCGCUGUGCGACGGCGACCUGCACCAGCUGAUUCACGAGGUGCAGCAGGUGUGCGACGGCGGGUGGUGCGCGGCGCACCUCACCGACAUGCUGCACCGCUGCGCCCGCCUGCACGUGCUCGACGCCCACCAGACAGAUGUAACUACUCGUCUCCGCGACAGCCUUAUCCUGGAGUACGGUACACUAUUAUGCGAGCACAAGUCGCUGUGGCCGGCAGGUCUGUCCUACCUCGCCGCGACGACCGACGGCCUGCGCAGGGCCGAGCUUAUUCUAGAACGGAUACCGGUAGAGAGUGAUGCUAAGGCGUUGAGGAUAUGUGCCGAGGCGAAGAAGUAUGGUCUGCAUGGUGUUGCACAAACAGUAUGCGCGGUGCGCGGCGCGCGCGCUCUGUCCGCGGGUCGAGUAGGCGGAGCUCUGUGCUGGGGAGCGCGCGCGCGGCGCGGGUCGCUGGUCCGAGCGGGCGCGCACGCCGCGUUACGCCGCUACUGCGCGCGCGGCACGCUGCCCGCUGCCGACCUGCUGCUGUCCGCUGCCGGCGCGCUGUUAGCGCAUGACGCACCGCUGCUGCUUGGCAAAUACAGCGAAUUCCACCGCCUGUACAACAACCGCGAGUUCCGGGCGGCGGCCAAGCUGCUCGUCUCCCUCAUCACAUCCAACAUCGCGCCUGACUAUUUCUGGGACACGCUGCUCCUAGACACGCUACCCUUACUCGAGACAGAGGAGCCGGUUAUAUCGGCGGAAGAUACCUACGAGAUCAUGCUGUGCCUGGAGCUCAAGUCGGGGUCACUCAGCACGGAGAAGGCGGAAUUACUGCGACUGUCACUGGCAAGAAACCUGGCGAGAACAUCGCUUGCAGACAUGGAUCGGGAUGAAUAGCGUUAAUACUAAAUAGUAGGGAAUUAGAGAUUGUCACGCAAAGGUCAGAGCAGAGGGCGCUAACCUAACACACAGUAAACACCCCGACAUGUUGGCUACGUCAUAUCAGAAUAUUUUGUUUACUGCAUAUGCUGGUGCCUCACUCUAGGCUCUAGCGUCAAAACAUUGCAGUAAUAUAUCCUAUUAGAAAGAAACUGUGCAGGACUACAGGUGGCAUAAUAUGUCUACUAUCUGGAAAUUGAUUCAUAUGCUGAUUGCAGUCUUAAAUAAUUUGGUCAAGUUAUAGUCAAGUCCAACUAACAGAUUACAACACUGACUUGACAUAACUCCACUAGAUAAUGUAGAUCCGCCAUCUGCCUAUGAAUCCUUUUAUAUUAUAGUAAAUAAUCGAUGAUGAUGAUGAAAUAAUCGAUUUUAAGUUUCGAAUAGCGAGAACAAUUCGCAGCUCUAUCGUUGCGCACGUAACACGUUCCCUAUCUAUAAGUAGAUUCAAAGUAAGGUCAAUCUUUUGUGAUGUGUAAAUUAUAAGUAAAUUAAAUUAUAAUAGUCAAAAAUGUGUUAAACAGCAUGACAUGUUGUAAAUUGUUGUAUGAAUUGAUGGACUUUACUUCAGAUUUUAGAGAAUAAGCCAGGAUGUUUUCCAUUUUUGAUACAUUGUUGUUUUCUUGUCUGAUUUACAAUAAACUAAUUGCGACAUUUAGGGCAUGUUUCACCACUUCCUGAUAAGGCUAUCCACCAAUUAACUUGA